AUGUUCGUUAAGAGGUUUAACGUGUGGUUCGGUGUCGUGGUUCACAAGGGGCGGGGGUCACUAUGUGAAGGAUACUCUUUCUCUCUCUCUCUCUUCGCCAUUUUCUCCACCUCUUUCUUCUCUUUCUCCUUCUCACCCAUUUUUUCUCCCUUCUUCAUUUUACAUUUCUCUCUCUCUCAGAUUCUCUCUGUCUCUUUUCUCCUCUUUCUUUUCUCCUAUUUCUUCUUUUCUUAUGUUUUCUUUUUCGAUCACUUAUCUCUUUAUUCUCUUUCUUUCUUUUCCCCCCUCCUACUAUUUUACUGCUUUGUCUCCUUUCGCUCCUCUUUUUCUUACUUGAUUUUCUCUUUCUUUCUUUUCUCUUUCUUUCUUUCUAUUCACUUUAAUCUGUUUUUCUUUCUUUCUGUUGCAAUUCUUACUUUUCACUUUAAUAUGUUUUCUUUGUUUCUUUUUUCUUUCUUUCCUUUUUCUUUCUUUCUUUCUAAUUUCUUUCUUUCUUUCUUUAGCUUUUUCUCUUUUUUUCUUUUCAUUAUUUCUUUUCCUUUUAAUCUGUUUCUCUUUCUUUUGCUUUUUUUCUUUCUUACUUUCUUUCUUUCCCUUUUAUCCGUAUAUAUUUUUCUUUCUUUGUUUUUUCAUUUGUAUUUCUUACUUUUCACUUUAAUCUGUUUUUCUUUCUUUCUUUCUUUCUUUCUUUCUUUCUUUUAUGUUUUCCUUUUUCUUUGUUUUUUCUUUUGUCUUUCUUCCUUACCAUUUAAUCUUUUUCUUUCUUUCUUUUCUUUCUUUCUUUCUUACUUCUUCUUUUUCUUUCUUUAUAUGUUUUCCUUUUUCUUUCUUUCUUUCUUUAAUCUGUUUUUCUUUCUACAUUUUUUUUCAUUCUUUCUUUCGUUCAUUCGUUUCAUUUUUCCUACGUCUGUUCAUUUUCUUCUCUCCCUCCUUGAAUCAUUUCUUUCUUUCUUUCCUUUUCUCUUCAUUUCUUUCUUUCUUUCUCCUUUAAACUGUUUUGCUUUCUUUUGCUUUCUUUCUUUCUUUCUUUCUUUCUUUCUUUCUUUCUUUCUUUCAAUUCCUCCUACUUUUUCUACUUUCUUUCUUUCUUUUCUGUUCCUCAUACUUUUUCAUUUUUUUCAUUGUUUUUUCUUUCUUCUUUGCCUCCCGCUUUCUUUCUCUCCCUCCGUCGCUCUUUUUCUUUCCUUCACUGUCUUCUCCCCCUCCUUUCUUCAUUACUUGGUGCCCUAUCUAUCUAUCUAUCUAUCUAUCUAUCUAUCUAUCUAUCUAUCUUUUUCCUCUCCCUUUUCUCUCUUCUUUAACCGCAUCCUCUCACCGCAUCGUCUCCCCAUUCGUAUUCUCCUCCAUUUAUUUGAUAUCAAACAACACGACCCCCCACCCGAGAAUUGA